GUCAGGGAGCAAGCUGAUUGGCCGAGGCCUAGCAAAGAGUGGCCGGGAAUCCAAAAACUGCAGGCCGCACUUAGCUUACCGUCAAAAAUAAACCAAAACAAUAACAGACAUAUUCGACAAGGGGGAGACACACCGAUAGAGUCAGGAGACGAAGCUAUAAGGGUGAUAAUCUUGAUGGAACAGGGCACUUCAUCUAUCCAGUUGUUUUUAUUGUAAAGUGUUGUUACUAAAUGUGAAGUUUUUUACCAAGUGAAGACAUGGAUCAAGGAGGAGGAGUAUUGGAGUUUCAUACCCAGGAGCUGAAGAUGCCCCAUGCUAUGAUCAUGCAAGAUUUUGUUGCUGGCAUGGGAGGUUUAGCUCACAUCGAUGGAGAGCACAUUGUGGUGUCAGUACCUGAGGGCAUGCUUCUGUCAGAUGUGAUGACUGAUGAGGGCAUCCUUCUUGAGCAUGAAUUAGAGGUAGAAGGCCUGGAAACCCAAGUUGUUCAAGACCUGGAAACCGAAGUGGUUGAAGGACUGGAGGCUGAAGUGGUGGAGGGCUUACAUGCAGAUGUGGAGAGCUUGGAAGCAGAAGUUGUUGAAGGCCUACAGACACAUGUGGUGGAGCUGGAAGCUCAGGUUGUCGAGGGCCUGGAAGGCGAGGUUGAAGUUGAGGGUCUUGAAGCUCAAGUGGUUGAGGGCCUGGAGGCUGAGGUGGAUGUCGAAGCCCUGGAAGCUCAUGUUGUUGAAGGUCUCGAGGAAGAAGUGGAAGUGCAUGGUUUGGAAGCUGAGGGUGUUGAAGGACUGGAGGUGGAUGUUGAAAGUCUUCAUGCUCAGGAUGUAGAGGAUCAUGAAAUGACAAGUGAAGACAUGGUCCCCCCAGGACACAGUGUGAUCAUGCCUGAGAAUAUACUUGGAACGGAGGUAGCUAUAGAGGAAGCGUUGGAUGCCCAUCAUCACCACGUUCUUACAGCAGACCUCAUCCAGGACUCUAACCACCACCAUGAUGACAUGCAAGACCAGGUGUUUGUGGCAGAGCUACUGUCUGAGCACCAGGGAAACGCACUGGAUCACCAGCUGGUGUCAGAAGGGUUAAUGGUGGAGGAAGCCAACACCGAGACCAUAAUUCAUCAACAGCUGCCGACAGAGGAGGUCACCCUGCAGACAGACGAUGAUGACGAUGAUGACGAUGAUGAUGAUGAUGACGCCAGAAGUAGCUCUGAGGAUUAUCUCAUGAUCUCCCUUGAUGAGGUGGGAGAGAAGUUAGACAUAGGAGACACGCCUCUGGAGAUCAGCACAGAAGUCAUGGAAGACAAGGAAAUCAAAGAAGAGGAAGACUCCGAGGUCAUAAAAGUCUACAUUUUUAAGGCUGAAGCGGAUGAUGAUUUAGGUGGAACAGAGGUAAUAACAGAAGAUGAUUACCAGAAUGGCCACCCUGAUCUGGAAGCAGCAUCAUCUGGCAGACUGGGAGUUGGUCGUGACAAAAUGGUCUACAUGGCAGUCAAGAACACUAUAAAGAAAGAAGAGGAGGAGGGGGAGGAUGAUGAGGAUGAUGAGGAUGAUGACGACGACGAGAGUGAUGAUGAUGACGGUGAUAGUGAUGAAAUUGGUCAUACCAUUGAUCAGGUGAAGAAUGGCGUUACUACACCUUUUUUGCAAAUCCGGGAGGGACUGGUCGCAAACCGUUCUCUCAAACCGAAACCUAAGAAGAACAAAAAAGGAGAGACACAGCAGUGUCAGACUGCUGUCAUUAUUGGACCAGAUGGAUUGCCUCUGACUGUCUACCCAUGUCACAUCUGUGGAAAGAAGUUUCGCUCACGGGGAUUUCUCAAAUGCCACAUGAAAAACCACCCAGACCAUCUGCUCAAGAAGAAGUACCAGUGUACUGACUGUGACUUUACCACCAACAAGAAGGUCAGUUUCCACAAUCACUUGGAGAGUCACAAGCUUCUGAGCCACAACAAUGAGCGAUCUCCAGAAUAUACAGAGUACACAAGACGCUAUCAUGAGUCCAGCCCCCUGGGCUCUGAUAAGCUCAUCGUCAAGGACAGAGAGCCCAAACUUCAUCAUUGCAAAUACUGCGACUAUGAGACAGCCGAACAGGGGCUUCUCAACCGCCACCUGUUAGCAGUCCACAGUAAGAACUUUGCACACGUGUGUGUCGAGUGCGCCAAAGGCUUCCGUCACCCGUCGGAGCUUAAGAAACACAUGCGGACCCAUACAGGGGAAAAGCCCUACCAGUGUCCGCACUGCGAGUUCCGAUGUGCAGACCAGUCCAAUCUUAAGACUCACAUCAAGAGCAAGCAUGGCGCAGACCUGCCCUUCAAGUGCAGCCACUGCCCCCAGGCCUACGCUGAUGCACGAGAACUCCAGCGUCAUAUAGAGGUGGUUCAAGGCCACAAGACCCACCAAUGUCCACACUGUGACCACAAGAGCACCAACUCCAGUGACCUUAAACGACACAUUAUUUCAGUUCACACCAAGGACUUCCCCCAUCAGUGUGACGUGUGUGAGAAAGGCUUUCACCGGCCCUCGGAGCUGAAGAAACACGCCGAGACACACAAAGGCAACAAGGUGCACCAGUGUCGGCACUGCAACUUUAACGCUCCUGACACUUUCACCCUCAGCCGUCAUAUCCUGUCCUUGCAUACAAAGGACCUUCCCUUUAAGUGCAAGCGCUGCCGGCGGGGCUUUCGGCAGCCAGCAGAGCUGAAGAAGCACAUGAAGACGCACAGUGGUAGGAAGGUUUAUCAGUGCCAGUAUUGUGAGUACAACAGUACGGACGCUUCUGGCUUUAAACGCCAUGUCAUCUCAAUUCACACCAAGGACUACCCCCAUCGUUGUGACUACUGCUCCAAGGGCUUUAGGAGGCCUUCAGAGAAGAGCCAGCACAUAGCCAGGCAUCACAAAGACAUGCUGAUAUAAUGUCAUCACAUUAACAAACACACUCCUUUCUGUGUCUCUCAUCCACAGGUAAUUUUAGUGUAUAAACAAAGAACUGACUGAUACAGGCAGUUGAUAUAGUAAUUACUGUUUUGUGUUGUAUUGGAUUUAAACCUCUCUGCGGGAGGAACACAGAAAAAAAAAAAAACAUUUUUAUAUUGAGUGAUGCCUGAAAAAAGGACAGUGUAUGAUCUAAGUGAGAUGGCUGUAAAUUGUCUUUUGUUGCAGAAAAAUCGCAUAUGAACAUAUAUAUUCAGGGUUUCAAAUGCCUAUAUUUUUUAUACCCACUCAGCUCAAAUGCUGCAAGAUGAUGACUCUGUUAGUGCUUUGUGAUCGUCACGCUAGUUGCUCAGAUGAGGCGGGAAACGUUUGCCUCCACAGUACAAACUAGUAUCCUUAAUAGCCAGCUUUGACCCUGACAUUUCUGCUCGGUGUUACGUGAUCUUAAAUGGACAGGGCCACCCAUAAUGUCGAACUGGGUUUUUCAUACAGUUUUUUUUUAUUUAAUAGUGCAACCUUCCUCAUCUUGGGGUUUCCUCUCAAGCUUGAACACUCGAUGCUCCGUUAAAAUGAUUUUGUAGUAACAGAACCAAUUAUGCUUUGUCAACAAUGCUAAUCAGAAAUAUUUCGGCCAGUUUGUUUAGCAAGAAAAAGCUGGUAAUUUCUCCUUUAAUGUGCACAUUUCCAACACAGAAAUCCGGCAUCAUACCCGCUAUGAUGAUCCCGAUAAUUAACCAGUGUGUUAUCAUUGUUAUUAUUACCAUUGUUAUUCUCGAAUGAACAUGAAAGAUUGCAGGCUUCACAUUUAGUAACUCCUGGAGUGGUCGUACUGUAUCUGACUGCCACUGUAAGUUGCACACGUGUGCUCUCUUUGCUAACCGUCUGAUUGCAGUCAUGCCUUACAUCUGUUCUUUAUCCCUUAAGCACUGAUGAACACAACUAAUCAGAAGACAAAUGAUUCUUAACUCUCAAACAUGCUGUAUUAAUGCCAUUCUCUCAGAGUUUAAGUCAGUAGAAAGCACUUUAAUAUAUAUAUAUAUUUUUUUUGUAUUUUAAUGACAUGUAUGGGAGUUAAUUAUCAAAUGAUAUAUCUGUAUAUAUAAAGAUAUAUCUGCAGGAAACAAACACCAUUCUUCAGGUGAAGGAGAAGACUGUUGAGUGUUCACUCAUAACACUUUGGCACGAUCUAUUACUUUAUCAAAAUUGUCAUUGAAAGACGUGGGUGAAACCAUUUGUUUUAUUCUAUGGAUAAGUGAUUGGGUUUUGUGUUUUGUUUGUGCUCACUAACAAGUUUUCCCACCCCACUAGUCCUACAGCCCUAAAUAACGCAACCCAAUCUCCAGCGUGGGAUUAUUACCUUGAAGUCAAUGGUCAUUAUAUUGGCAUUAGUCUUUAAAGUAUGCACAUAUGCUGUUCAUGAAGUUAAUUGUGGUAUACAUUAAAAAAAGAUCCCCACAUUUUGUGUAUAUUGGUCUAUAUUUCUCUUUGAGUCUGAUUGUGGAUAAACUACUGGUUGGGACAAAAAAAACAACUAAAUAAACGGUUAUCUUUUUAA